GGACAGAAUGAUGUGCAGUUGAUGAAGGAAGGUGACAAGGUGGGUGCUAGCGAAGCCACGCUUCUCAACAUGUUGAACAUUUCCCCCUUCACCUAUGGUUUGGCUGUCCAGCAAGUAUAUGACCAGGGCACUGUCUUCUCGCCCAAAGUGCUUGAUAUCACUGAUGAAGAUCUCAUGGGAACAUUCCAGACAGGUCUGAAUAAUGUUGCUGCUGUGUCACUAGCAAUUGGCUUCCCAACAAUUGCUUCUGUGCCGCACUCUGUUGUCAAUGGUUUCAAGAGGUUGUUGGCUCUGGCAGCUGUAACAGACAUUACUUUCAAGCAGGCAGAGACACUCAAGGAGUUCUUGGCUGAUCCAAGCAAGUUUGCAGCUGCUGCUGCUGCUUCUGCUCCAGCAGCUUCUGCUGCUGCUGCAGCUCCAGCAGCUGAAGCUGCAAAGGAAGAGGAGCCAGAAGAGGAAUCUGAUGAUGACAUGGGCUUCGGUCUCUUCGAUUAAACGUCCACCAUGGCGUUGAUCAUUGAAUAAAUAUGAAACAAAAA